AAGCGCCUCGCAGGCGUCUGCGCCCGAGUUAAGUUAGACCCGGGAAGCAGAAAUCCACGCGCUGGACGCGUGGGCCCCGGCGCGCCCGAUUGGGAACCUCGCUGACAGUUACCAUAGUUUUUCCAGAUCAUUCAGUGUUCAGUAAAUGAGUCUCUGGAUGCCAACUCUUUCGCGUCCUGGUGCCUGAAUACAGUUGAACCCAGGAGCCCCAGAGUCUACCCAGCCUGGGGAACCCCCUUUCCUCUCUAACCAUGGGCUUGGGGAACCUGUCAGGUGCAAAGUGCCAGUCAAGCAUAUGGGAGGGAGUGGGGCUUCAGUGCUGCUCAGAGACCUAUAUUGUCUAGCGCCAAAGGAAUAACUGGGAAGGUGGAUCAAAGGCCAGAGAAUCCCGCCAUGGAACUCGGCUCGCAUGCUGUCUCUGUCGCUCCAGCCUCUGAAAGGAGGUGAACGCUCACUGAUGGCUCAGUUGGGAGCAGUUUUGGCUGUGGCUGCCAGUUUCUUGUGUGCAUCUCUCUUCUCAGCUGUGCACAAGAUAGAAGAGGGACAUAUUGGGGUGUAUUACAGAGGCGGUGCCCUGCUGACUUCCACCAGCGGCCCUGGCUUCCAUCUCAUGCUCCCAUUCAUCACAUCCUAUAAGUCUGUGCAGACCACACUCCAGACAGAUGAGGUGAAGAAUGUACCUUGUGGGACAAGCGGUGGCGUGAUGAUCUACUUCGACAGAAUCGAGGUGGUGAACUUCCUGGUCCCACACGCAGUGUAUGACAUAGUGAAGAACUACACUGCCGACUAUGACAAGGCGCUCAUCUUCAACAAGAUCCAUCACGAGCUGAACCAGUUCUGCAGUGUCCACACGCUUCAGGAGGUCUACAUCGAGCUCUUCGGUAAGAAAGCCUCUUGUGAUGAUCACCUGCUCAAGCAGCCCUGCUUCCCACGCUGCCUACUUCUGAGUUGCCCACGGGGCGGGAUGGGUACCAAAGGCCCGGAAGUGUCGAAGAUCCAGUGCCCAGGAAGCGGGCGGUCACACAGGGGGGGCACUCCUGGGAAAUGCUGAUGCCGGUGGAAGAAGCUCCUGAGAGUGGUUGAGCGUUGGGCACAGGAGUAAUAGUGGAUGAGAGGACUCGCUCCUGCCCUGGAUCAGAGGCCUGGGAUGGAAAUGUGUUCCCACUGUCCCUAAACAUCGUUCUGUAAUGAAGAGGGGUCAGUUCUAGAAGAACCUUAGAGAUUACCCAGCAUCCUCCUUUCAAGAUAAGGGUACUAAGGCCCAAAGGGAGAAAGUGCCAGAGCUGGCUGGUAGCAGAGCUGAAGCUCAGACCUCC